CUGAGCAGGGUUGAGACGACGGCUCAAUCCCUAAACGCCCGGAUGAGAGCAGCAGUCAACAUUCAGGGCAACAUGGUCGCAUGAGUCGUCCGACUUGAGGGCAACCAUUCCGGGGGGACGGCAGCUACUGCUGGAAUCUGUGACAUUUUCGACGCAGCCCACGGAGAACGCGGUUCUGGGAAAAUACAGUCAGAGAUAGAGGCGUGGAGGCGGAGAGGGACGGCACAUUUCCCCCUUGUGGUGUCCUAUUUCGUUGGUGAAGGAUCGUGCACACGGACCGUCUCACACUAAGCUAUGGAAUGCUCCCUGCACCCACCAUCACUAGUCUCCAAUCUUUGGACUGAGCUCCAAACGCUUAGUUAACGGCUGUGCUUCUCCCCUCGAACUCUUUAUACCCAGGGGACGAAGAAAAGGAGUGGACUUACCUUAAGUCCUCCGCUAAAAGCGCACGGAGCACUUCUUUUUUUAAUAAAAGAAAAGAAUAAGCUAUUUUUGUUUUUCUCCGCUUGGAUUUUUCCCCCGUGAAAUCAUAUCAAGAUGGAUAUGGAUGCGUAUCUGUGGAUGGUGAUCCUUGGCUUCAUCAUUGCCUUCGUACUGGCCUUUUCAGUGGGUGCCAAUGAUGUGGCCAAUUCUUUUGGCACAGCAGUGGGGUCCGGUGUGGUCACGUUGAAGCAAGCCUGCAUCCUGGCAUCCAUCUUUGAGACACUGGGCUCAAUGCUGCUGGGGGCCAAAGUGGGUGAGACGAUUCGAAAGGGCAUCAUAGAUGUCCACCUGUACAACGAAACAGUGCCCGUACUAAUGGCAGGGGAGGUCAGCGCCAUGGUCGGGUCAGCCGUCUGGCAGCUCAUCGCCUCCUUCCUCAAACUGCCCAUCUCUGGGACUCACUGCAUUGUUGGCGCCACCAUCGGCUUCUCCAUGGUGGCCAUCGGCACCAAGGGCGUACAGUGGAUGCAGCUUGUCAAGAUUGUGUCAUCGUGGUUCAUCUCCCCCCUGCUCUCUGGACUCAUGUCUGGACUCCUCUUCUUGCUCAUCCGACACUUCAUCCUCAAAAAGGAUGACUCUGUCCCUAAUGGCCUGCGAGCGCUGCCCCUCUUCUAUGCCACCACUAUUGGGAUCAACACAUUCUCCAUCUUGUACACUGGAGCCCCUGUGCUUGGGUUGGAGAUGCUACCGGUGUGGUCCAUCUUCCUCAUCACUUUAGUUGAGUCGCUGGUCUGUGCAGCUCUGGUCUGGUUUUUAGUCUGCCCAUGGAUGAGGAGGAAAAUAGCAAGUCGUCUAAAGAAGGAGCAGGCUCUAUCCAGAAUCUCUGAUGAGAGUCUGGACAAGAUCCCUGAAGAGGAGGAGGAGAGCCCCGUCUUUAAGGAGCUACCAGGGGCCAAGGGCACCGACGAGGCCGUGUUGCCGCUCACCGGCAGCAGCAGUGAUCGGAGCAUCAGAGAGUCCAGUGGAGAGCUCGCCAACCUGGCUAAUGGAGGCAAUGUCCUGCCAAACGGCAGGGUAUACGGACGGACCCACUCGAUGACCAACGGCUGCCUCAAGUCCCCCAUCUCUAAUGGCAGCUUCAGCUUCGAUGGCCACAUGCGCAGCGAUGGCCAGGUGUACCACACGGUGCACAAGGACUCAGGUCUGUAUAAAGAUCUGCUUCACAAAAUCCACCUGGGCCGCAUGGAUGACAGCGAUCGCUCAGGCUCCAACUCCGGCCCGCCAGACAACAAUUACCGCCUGCUGCGACGCAACAACAGCUACACCUGCUACACAGCAGCUAUAUGCGGCAUGCCCGUCCAGCCGCUCAUUCGCUCAGAGUCACGCGAUGACAGUGAAAAGCUUGUUGGAGAGGUAGGCGGCCGGAGCAACAGCGUGUCCUACACCAAGAAGAGGGUACGCUACGAUAGCUACUCAUCGUACUGUAACGCUGUGGCGGAGGCUGAGAUUGAGGCAGAGGAGGGUGGGGUGGAGAUGAAGCUGGCCACAGAGCUGGAGGGGAUGGAUGAAGACGGGGCUCCUGCUCCCGUGCCUCUGGACGACUUGGCCGAGGAGGAUCACGAGGAGAAGGAUAAGCCUGAGGUGUUCCUGCUUUUCCACUUCCUGCAGAUCCUCACCGCCUGCUUCGGCUCUUUCGCACACGGAGGCAACGAUGUCAGUAAUGCCAUCGGGCCCCUGGUGGCGCUGUGGAUGAUCUAUGACCAGGGCGGUGUGAUGCAGGACGCUGCUACUCCGCUCUGGCUGCUGUUUUACGGCGGUAUAGGCAUCUGCGCCGGCCUGUGGGUGUGGGGCCGCCGCGUCAUCCAGACCAUGGGGAAAGACCUGACUCCCAUCACCCCCUCAAGCGGAUUUUGCAUUGAAGUAAUGAGUGCGCUAACAGUGCUUGUUGCAUCAAAUGUGGGCAUCCCAAUAAGCUCCACCCACUGCAAGGUGGGCUCUGUUGUGGCCGUCGGUUGGAUCCGCUCCAAGAAAGCGGUGGAUUGGCACCUCUUCAGGAACAUCUUCCUGGCGUGGUUCGUCACCGUGCCCGUGGCCGGCCUGUUCAGCGCUGCAGUCAUGGCCCUAUUCGUCUAUGGCAUCCUGCCCUACGUCUGAGGGCGCACAGCUGGGAGGGAGAACAGAGGAGGAAGACAGAGUCAGAGAAAGAGAGGGAGGGAAACUUGGGUAAAAAUCAUAGCUGGAGUGUCAGUGGUACAGAUAAAGGAGAGGGAAAGGGUGACGGGGAGGAGAACGAGAAGAGAGGAAGCUGCAGAGGUUUACAGAUGGACUUGGUUGUACUGUGGAUGUGAGGAGGGUUGGUUCAUAUGCUGCCUGGCUUCGUAGUCCAGAGAUCUUUUUUGGACUCAUUUGAGUCUCUGAUCGGUUUUUAUUUAUUCUCUUCUUUUGGGUGCAUAAGAAAGUGUGUAACCUACGUUUUCACCGUGCCAUUCAAUCUGCUGUACAUAUGACAAUAAUAGGGAGAUUUCCAGUAACUCUUAACAAGAAUUAAGGUUGUUGGAGAAAGCCACAAAGAAAAAAACGGCACACAACUCAAAAGAAUCAUAAAAAAGGUUAAUUCUGCAGUAAAACUAGACCGUGCUGCCUGCAAUCCCAGGGAGCAGUCGCUUGAGUGCUCAUUGUUAUUGUUCCAAAAUGCCAGAAAAGAAAAACCCCUGUACAUAUUGUUGUAUUGGAUUGAGUGUGAUUUGUUGUAUUGCGGCUUGCUUUUAGAGUUCUUUCUUUUUUUUUUUUAAGAAGAAAAAGAUGUGUGUGUGGUAAACCAACCCAUCCAUCGUCUCACCGUUAACAUGCUAGCCCGGUACAACUAGGGUCAAAUGGGAAAGACGCCUCAGAGAGGGGUGGUGGGACUGUCACUCUGCUUUAUUUUCCACAUGAUACCACAGAAACCUGAUUUGCUAAAGAGUUGAUUUUUGUCAAGAGCUCCUGUAUGUUUUUAGAGAUGGAUCUCAUAUUUUUUAAUGAUGUAAUAUACUGUAAUUUGUACUGUAAAUACUG